AUGAAGAGUGGAAACAGUGCUUGGAAAUUAUAUAAAUAUGGAACAAUUAAUGAAGAACAAUUUUGGAGAGCAGUCAUUGAUGAACACUAUCAAACUAUUAUUUCAAAUAUUAAUGUAUUGAAUGGAUUUGUACUUUCCAAUGAAGAAAAUGAGGAUCAAACUAAACACAGAUUAGGUCAAUACUUUGGAAAUUAUUUGAGAAAUAAUUUACGCUUCUUUGAAUCAACAUUACAAUUAAUUCAAAGAUUGAAUGACCAAAUUUCAAGCUAUCCUCAACUUGAAGCUAUUGCCAUCCUUUCUAAUCACUCCAAAGAAUGGUGUCACUAUAUUUAUUCUGAAAAGGAUAAUGGCAGAGUUGAAAAACUAUUCAAGAAUAAUCUCUUGAAAAAAUCUCAAUAUUGUCCUGAAUUAAUUAUUUGGUCAUGUGAUGUCAAUGCUGCUAAACCAGAAAAGGCCAUUUAUCAACUCUUAAUUGAUAGAAUCAAACAACAUGUGAAUUCUCAAAUUGAGCCUCACAAUAUUUGUUUCAUUGAUGAUAAAGAUAGAAACGUAGAAGCUGCUACAGAAGUUGGAAUUUCCACCAUUCAAUAUGAUGCCUCUCUUCCAGAUCAAUACGAUUUCACAUCCUUUGAAGGAAAAUUAGAACAAUUUCUUUCUCAAUAA